AUGAUAAGUUCUUUUAAAGGUUUUUUGGUACCUUUAAUAUUUUUACUCAUCUUCGCGGAUGCUGUAACAAUCUCUGACAACACUUAUUUAGGUGAUAUUUCUUUCUCUGUCCCCCUUACUAUUGAUAAGGGUUAUUUUUUGGCAUUGGUAAAUGGUAACUCUUAUAGUUUCAGCAAAGAUUUGCUCGUGAACGGUUCACUUUUCGUUGGUGAUAUAAACUCAUAUGGUAACGGAUUUAGCACUACAUUUGAUGGUUCAACUAUUACAAAUGACGGCUUGAUUGUCGUUGAUAGUAAAAAUCUUACAACUGGUUCAAUGACUGUAUCAUGGAGUGGUUCUGCAAUUACUAACAAUGGAAAAAUGUAUUUCAAUGGUUUGAAUAGCAGUUCUAACAGUUUCACGUUAAAUCCAAGUAUAUCCUUAACCAAUACUGGUUUGAUGUCUUUUGGUCAGGACUCUACUUCAGAUUAUAGUAGUGUUGUACACCUUAAGUCUGGAUCUUUUGUUAAUAUUGGUACUAUUUGUUUGAAGAAUGUUAAGGCAUCUUUGGAGAGUUCUAUAGCAGGUGACGGUUGCAUUACAAUAGGUGAAAAUUCUGUAUAUGCUAUACCAAUACAGUCAAGUUCUGGUACAGUCGGUCCACAAACUAUAUAUAUGACCUCUCCUUCCUCAAUGCUUUAUGUGGGCUCAUAUGGUAACACGGAUAAUAUCUUUGUUAGAGGUUUCGGUAAUGGUAAUUAUUUGACGUUUCGUACCGCAAUAGCAGGUUAUAAUUAUGAUCCAAAUACUGGUAUCUUAACAAUUAAUGUGGCCACUAUUCAUAAAAUUAAUAUUGGUACUGGUUACAACCCACGUGGAUUUUCAAUGAAAUCUAUAAAUAAUCACAUUGGUUUUAAUUUUAUCAAUAACGCAUUAGUCUACAAUGGAACUGCUCCAAAUGGUUUUCCUAGUGCUUGUAUGCCAUGUGAUUCCCCUCCUUGGAUACCUAUUAUAAAUUCUAUCUCAUCUAGCUCUUCUUCUUUUUCUUCUACAUAUUCAAGUAUCUCUUCUAGUUAUUCCACUAGUUCCAUACCAUCUACUGUAGGCUCUUCCAGCUUUAUUACUUCUUCAUCAUCAUCAAAACCAAAACAAAUCACCUCCUACAUCCCAGGCAUCAUAGGCUCUGCUUCUGCCCAAUCCACAAUCACCUCCUACACCACUGAUGCCAACGGCAGCAGCAGUGAAGUUGACAUUGUUGUUGUUGCCACUCCAGUUCAAAGUACUGUUACUGCCUACACUGCAGGCUCAGUAGGUGCAGCUUCUGCCCUUUCCUCCUACAUCUCCUACACCACCGACUCCAACGGCAGUACCAAGGCCAUUGGUGUUGUUGUUGUUGAGACUCCAGCUGUUAGUCAAAUCACCUCCUACAUCCCAGGCAUCAUAGGCUCUGCUUCUGCCCAAUCCACAAUCACCUCCUACACCACUGAUGCCAACGGCAGCAGCAGUGAAGUUGACAUUGUUGUUGUUGCCACUCCAGUUCAAAGUACUGUUACUGCCUACACUGCAGGCUCAGUAGGUGCAGCUUCUGCCCUUUCCUCCUACAUCUCCUACACCACCGACUCCAACGGCAGUACCAAGGCCAUUGGUGUUGUUGUUGUUGAGACUCCAGCUGUUAGUCAAAUCACCUCCUACAUCCCAGGCAUCAUAGGCUCUGCUUCUGCCCAAUCCACAAUCACCUCCUACACCACUGAUGCCAACGGCAGCAGCAGUGAAGUUGACAUUGUUGUUGUUGCCACUCCAGUUCAAAGUACUGUUACUGCCUACACUGCAGGCUCAGUAGGUGCAGCUUCUGCCCUUUCCUCCUACAUCUCCUACACCACCGACUCCAACGGCAGUACCAAGGCCAUUGGUGUUGUUGUUGUUGAGACUCCAGCUGUUAGUCAAAUCACCUCCUACAUCCCAGGCAUCAUAGGCUCUGCUUCUGCCCAAUCCACAAUCACCUCCUACACCACUGAUGCCAACGGCAGCAGCAGUGAAGUUGACAUUGUUGUUGUUGCCACUCCAGUUCAAAGUACUGUUACUGCCUACACUGCAGGCUCAGUAGGUGCAGCUUCUGCCCUUUCCUCCUACAUCUCCUACACCACCGACUCCAACGGCAGUACCAAGGCCAUUGGUGUUGUUGUUGUUGAGACUCCAGCUGUUAGUCAAAUCACCUCCUACAUCCCAGGCAUCAUAGGCUCUGCUUCUGCCCAAUCCACAAUCACCUCCUACACCACUGAUGCCAACGGCAGCAGCAGUGAAGUUGACAUUGUUGUUGUUGCCACUCCAGUUCAAAGUACUGUUACUGCCUACACUGCAGGCUCAGUAGGUGCAGCUUCUGCCCUUUCCUCCUACAUCUCCUACACCACCGACUCCAACGGCAGUACCAAGGCCAUUGGUGUUGUUGUUGUUGAGACUCCAGCUGUUAGUCAAAUCACCUCCUACAUCCCAGGCAUCAUAGGCUCUGCUUCUGCCCAAUCCACAAUCACCUCCUACACCACUGAUGCCAACGGCAGCAGCAGUGAAGUUGACAUUGUUGUUGUUGCCACUCCAGUUCAAAGUACUGUUACUGCCUACACUGCAGGCUCAGUAGGUGCAGCUUCUGCCCUUUCCUCCUACAUCUCCUACACCACCGACUCCAACGGCAGUACCAAGGCCAUUGGUGUUGUUGUCGUUGAGACUCCAAUAUAUGGAAACUCCACUAUUUAUGGUGGAGAAACUGGAUCUACUUUAACUGGUACUUUAGUUGUUUUGACUACAGUUGUUAAUGGAGUCACUAUGACCACAACUUAUUGUCCAGAACCAUCUGAAACUUCUAAAACAAGUAUGACUGCUAUCAUUGCCCAUAAUUCUAUUGAAUCUGUUUAUUCAAAGAACCAACAAGAAGAGACCAACUCAUUUUCUGCUGUGUUCCAUGCAACUUCAGUUACUUCUAUUGCUUUUACCACCACUGGCACAGUGUUUACCAACAAUGAAAAUCAAUCAACAUCUAGAAACUCCAGAGGAUCUGCCAUUGUUGUUGGAUCCACAAAGGGUAAUGCAGAUGUCGCUUCAGAAACUGGCGUUGUUACAGGUGCUGUAACUUCUGGAAGACCAGAAACAUCUCUAACUACAAAGAUGCCACAAGUUUCCCAAUUCGUUUCUGAGCAAUUCUCGUCAUCUCCAACUGCUAUGACAGCCUCUCAUGUAAGUGCACCUUCUCUUGCAUCAUAUAAGGGUAAGGGUAGCACUAUAUACAUGAAAUGGAGUGUUGCCCAUCUUGUUGGUCUAUUAUUAUUUAUGAUUAUUUAA